AUCCCAGUCUCUUUGGCUCCAAAACUAGUCAGUCGUGGGAAAGGAUUGCUCCAACCACUCAACCCCAGAGAAAACGUGAAGAAUAUUAAUCUGUAAAACCCAAGCCUGGGAGAGGGGCUUCUGUGCGCGGGGUAAUUUGCAGACGCUCCCUGCUGGCGGGGACCACACGACCUGUCCUUCAGCCCGGGACCUUCAGCCGGUCCCGCCGCGGCCGACUUGAGCGGUAGUGGAAGCUGAGGUGGUAACGGCAGCAGGACCCGCUGCAGUGUCUCCUACCGAGGCGGAAGCGCCAUGUCCGAGCCACCCCCACGGGAUGCGGAGCGCGACCUUUUCCGGGACACGUGGGUGCGGUACCUAGGCUAUGCCAAUGAGGUGGGAGAGGCAUUCCGCUCCCUGGUGCCAGCAGCCGUGGUGUGGCUGAGCUAUGGUGUGUCCAGCUCCUACGUGCUGGCUGAUGCCAUUGACAAGGGCAAGAAGGCGGGAGCUAUACCGAGCUCCGAAGCAGGCCGCAGCACCAGGGUGGCCGUGGCUGUGGUGGACACUUUUGUGUGGCAGGCUCUGGCUUCUGUGGCUAUCCCAGGCUUCACUAUCAACCGUGUGUGUGCUGCCUCUCUCUACAUCCUGGGCACGGCCACGCGCUGGCCUCUGUCCGUCCGCAAGUGGACCACCACUGCACUGGGGCUUCUGGUCAUCCCUGGCAUCAUCCACCCCAUUGACAGGUCAGUGGACUUCCUUUUGGACUCCAGCCUGCGCAAGCUCUACCCCUCAGUGGAGAAGCCCAGCUCCUCCUGACCCCACCCUGGUACUUGGCCUGUGGGUUGGCCCACUCCCUGCUCUGGUCCAACUUCUUCCUCCUGCCAGGGGAUGUGGAUGCCUGGCUCCCUGGGGUCUGAGGCCCUGGCAUCUGAGUAUUUUGAGCCAG